UUCGUUCCCAGUCACAGUCAGUUGGUUCACAAUUAAAUGCCGUGAUGUUUGUGUUUGCCGUACGCUCCGGACAGUGUCUACAGUGCUGAAGCCUUGUGCAAGUGCUUCCCCAACUGAGGUGAUUAGUUUGUUAUCAAUUGAUCCCAGAGCAGUGCUCCAGUGUGCCAAUCUGGUGGGAUUCUCGCGAAAUUGGCAUCAUCUGGGUUAGGUAUUAGCACUGGACACCUCCGAAUGUGCAAAAGAAAUUUUUGAGUGUAAAGUGCGAUAAGAGAAAGAUUUUUUUUUUUAAAAAAAGUAUUUUUGAGAGCAAUCCACAGAAACCGCCAGGGAUUUUCUUUAUCAAUAAAUCACCGAAGAUUUUUCCCAUGACUCCUUCACAUCCCCACGUCCUCAACGUUCACGUAUAAUUAAUCAGUGAGCCGAUUCCCUCUUAUAUACACUUGAAGGAAAUCUAUUAAUGCUGCCACUAUAGUGCAUGUACAGACUCCUGUAUAUAGUGUUGAGUGAUUCUGGUGCGACCAAGAGGCUCUCUUCUCUCUGAGGCAAUAUAAGAAAAAAUAGAAAAUGUUAUUUUUGAGUGAAAAAUAUGAUUUGUGGCUAAAAAUGUCCCCGUCACUUUGCCAGCAAUAAUGAGUUUGAGUGUUGUGAAAUUGCCAAAAUAAAAAAGAAAGAGUUUUCCGUGGGAUUUUUUUUAUAGGCCACCACGUAUAGGCCGAGUGCGUGAACGUGAUCAAAUAUUUCUCUCCGCAAGGGUGCUCAGAGAUAAAUUUCAAAUUACCCUCAAGGUGGGCCCACAUUAUUCCAGCAUCCUCAGCACAUCCAUCGCACGAUGUUCAGUGCAAAUGGCCAGGACUAGAGUAAACCAUAAUUCACCAACGACGAAAUUGUACAAGGAGUACACAUAAAAUUUUGUAACUGUUUUGGCGCUCUACUAUAGAGCUUCUGAAGUGCAGAUUUACCACUUGCCGCCGACAUUGGGAGAACACCACGGGAGUGAUUAACAGUUCAAUUGUUGGAAUACAAAAUGCUGAAUGUGUACCAACGCAGACGAUGGUGAUGAAACAGAGCAUGAAACUAACUUAAUUGAAGCGAUUUGCAAUCAUUUGCAAUCAAUGUUAUGCAAACAAAAUGCUGUGGAUAAAUCAAACGUUAACUUCUCGUGCAACUGCCCCUGUUUUUGUCGUCAAAUAACCAGUGAUGGUUAUCUUGUGAAUGGCUGCGAUAGUAAUGGAUAGUUACUAGAUAUGACCACAAAUGUGUACUCUUCACCACAACAAAUAAUCUGCAAGAAUUGAGGAGUGCUCGUGGGAGGGAAAGACAACCAAGGGAAAAAUAAGAAAAAUUAUCGCAAAGCAAUAGUUUUUCAUACAAUACAAAAUGAGUCCUUCUGGUAGUGACACUUUAGCAUCUCUGGCGCCUAGUACUGGAACAAAAAUUUUAUCAACUCUUUCAUCUUCAAAUACGACAAGAGAACUGGAAAAGGAGCUUACUGAGCCAUGGAUUGAGAUAACACUAUUGAUCCUAAAGGCCACUAUCAUGAUCUUCAUUAUGGCUGCUGCUAUUUUCGGAAAUCUACUCGUUAUUGCCUCUGUAAUGAGACAUCGAAAACUGAGAGUCAUUACGAACUACUUUGUCGUCUCACUAGCUAUGGCAGAUAUUAUGGUAGCAAUGAUGGCAAUGACGUUUAACUUCAGUGUUCAAAUCACUGGAAGGUGGCUCUUUGGCCCAUUUAUGUGUGAUGUAUGGAACAGUCUAGACGUAUACUUCUCCACUGCGAGUAUUUUGCAUCUCUGUUGCAUCUCAGUCGAUAGAUACUACGCCAUCGUACGACCCUUAAAGUAUCCAACAAGUAUGACGAAGCGUGUUGUAGCUAUUAUGAUUUUAAACACCUGGGUGUCCCCAGCGCUAUUAUCUUUUGUGCCAAUAUUUGCCGGGUGGUAUACCACGGAGAAACACAAGCAGGAUGUCCUCGAACAUCCAGAUGAGUGUAAUUUUGUGGUGAAUAAAUCCUAUGCCGUGAUUUCAAGCUCAAUCUCCUUUUGGAUACCCUGCACAAUUAUGAUAUUUACAUAUGCGGCAAUCUUUCGUGAGGCUAGUCGACAGGAGAAACAAUUAGCCUUAAGACAAGGAACUGCCAUGCUUAUGCAUCGGCACUCAAGUUCUGGAGGUACGAAUGGUGAAGCGCUCAGUGGUUCUGGUUCUUCCAAGGCGCUGACACUGCACGAGGUGGAUCUAGAUCAUACACCUACCAAAGAUAAGCACUUAAUCAAAAUGAAACGAGAACACAAGGCUGCAAGAACAUUAGGAAUAAUCAUGGGAGUUUUUAUUUUAUGCUGGUUACCGUUCUUCCUAUGGUAUGUCGUAACGACCUUGUGCGGAGAAGAAGCCUGUCCAUGCCCUGAUAUUGUAGUAGCUGUUCUUUUCUGGAUCGGCUAUUUCAAUUCAACACUAAAUCCUCUAAUUUACGCCUAUUUUAAUAGAGAUUUCCGGGAAGCAUUUAAGAACACCCUGGAAUGCAUAUUUUGCACAUGGUGGCGAAACGAUAUGUCGUCACUGGAUGGAAAUAUGCGUAGAUCAAGUCUAAGAUAUGACACUCGUACGAAAAGUGUCUAUUCGGAGAGUUACUUACGGCCCAGCGCAGUUGAGAGGAGAGCUAGUCAGGCAUUGGUGGAUAGCUUAUAAUGACCGAAGUUUGCUGACGGUGUAGCAACAGCAAGUACCGAAAACUUGUAACAACACUGAAGAUAUUGUAUACUUAAAUUGAAUUUGCAGAAAAAAAAAGAAGAGAAAAUAACUAUUGAACCACCCUCAUAGUCGUGUCUUCCGCACAAAAAAAAGAGAAACUCCUAUACCAAUUUUUUUGCCCAUCUGAAAAAUGAUUUUUCUUACAAGUAGGAUUGGUAGAAAUAGAAAUUGAAAGGCAGAUAAUAAAAGAAAUUUUCUAUAUAGAGAAAAUUGAAAAGUCACCAUUUGUCUGUUGGAUAAUACUGUUAGUCAUGUCUUAUAACUGAAACACAGAGAAUUUGUGCAGUUUAUUUCGGAAUCACAAUGAAGUAAUAUAAUUUAUAUUAAAUUAUUGUACACAAUAUAACGUGUUGAAUUGAAAUAAACACACUUAUUUUAUAGCAAAUAUAAUAGUGAAGAAAAAUAUUCUUUUGUACUUUGUUAAUGCUAAUUUGUACCAUAAAACUUGUUAUUAGAUACCUUGAUAUAGGGAGUAAAUUGAAAAAUACUCAAGAUUUUGUUUUCUAAGUUUUAUUUUCUCAAAUUUUAAGUAAAAAAAAAUCGCGUACAAAGAGACCUACAGUGCGUUACAUAUCCCACGAAAAAGAAACAUGAACACAAAAGUUAUGGUAUGGCUCUGUAUCAAUUUAAAAAAGUAUACAUGGUGUCGCCUUAAUUAAUAGUUUUGUAACAAUGAUUGCAUUUAUGUGUUCACGGAAGGUAUUUUGUUUGAAAUGAAAAUCAAUAUUGGGAAAUGAAAGAGCAUAAACAUAACUAUAAGCGUUGCUUCGUCACCAUUUCAAUGAAUUUCUGAAAUUAUCUAUUCCUAUAAAAUAGUUCAAAAGUUCCCAAAAUUGUUGUGGAAAUUUGUUUAUUUUUUUUUUAAAUCAACUGCUAAAUACCUACAGAGUUCUAUAUCUUUUGAAAAUCCUUUAUUGAAAAUAGUCUGAAAAAUUAUUAAAUUCUAUUAAAUUAAAUACAAAAAAUGACGUUUUUAAAUAUUGAAAUUUUUAGCUCUUCCAUUAAAAGAAACAUUUAGUCAGGGUAGCGUUAAAAAAUUAAAUUGAUAUAGGAAAAAGUGUCCAUGCUUCAUACGAUCCCAAGCUUCGUAGUGAUAAAUUUUUCCCAUGUUUCUCAAUAAAUGCAAUUUAUCGCACCCAUAUUUUAAAAACUAGGGAGAAUUUCCCAGUUUUUAAAAUGAAUUGCGAAGUCACUUUUUUUCAGGAUCAUCGGAAAAAUUUAUGGCCUCUACACAUUGGAGGCAAUUUUCGUCAAAAAUCACUAUUUGUUAAUCAUAAAUCCGGUCUUGAACGAAUUUAACCCUUUAAGGACGAGAAGGUUUAAAAUUGGGGGUCAGAAAAAGUCAUUUUUUCCGUUUUUUUAGAGCGAAACCUAACUAUGGCCGUGGGAAAAAUUAAAUAUUUGGGUCACCGGUGACUCAAUCAUCCUUAAAGGCUUAAUUGGGCAAUGGUUCUAAAUAGCUCCACUUACGAUUAUAAACUUGUUCAAAGUACGUUCUCUACAGUUGUUUUAUGUUUGUUAAAGUCUUGUCAACAGUACGUUCUUCCAUAUUAAAUUAUAAUAUUAUACAUUGUCAAAUUGAGAAUAGAGAAUCUUUUAACAAAUUUUGAACAAGGUUCAGUUGUCUAUAUUAGAAAUUGCUCCUUAUUGUAUAGUAUUGCUUAAAGUUGAUUUUCUUUUUAAUUUUUUGUUAAGCUUGACUAAGUUUUGCUUGCAAAAGUCUUGAGAAGGUAUGAACUCUUUGUUCAUGGGCGAUGCUCUCCUAUUAUUACUAUAUUAUCGCAAAUACAAAAAUUUCAAUUCAGUAAACUCUUAAAAGGGCCAGUGAUCUAAUAUGACUAGAGAGCGGAGCUCAUUUAGUAGCUCCUAUCAAAUGUCCUCUUAGAAUAUGAAGGAUUUUAGAAAGAAAGUUACAGAAUUCUGUAAAAGUAUGACAAUUAUUACAUUUCAAAAAUUUGACUGUAGCGCCUAAUGCAGUAUAAGUUAGAUAAUGAGAUUCAUAAAUUCAGAAUUUUAGUCCUUUUAAUUUCGUAAUACGAUUUUAAAUCAAAAUAUUUCUUCCACUUAAAGCGUAACAGUAAAUUUAUUUGGUGAUAACCCAAAUUCCUAAAGCUUCCAACAAUUCUUCCGACAAAAAAAAUUAGAAAGCCCGGCUAUCUCAGCAAUGUUUUCAUUUACAAAUUUCUCUUUUACAUAUUUUUAUGCCACAUAAAACAGCAGAAUUCCGCAUAAAGCAUGCAAUUCCCUAAAAAAGGAUAAUCUUUUUGUUUCAAUAUUGUUAAAAUAAAAUCUUGGAAAGCCAGUUGCUACCUCUAUUAAAUGAACCGCCCAUUUAAUGAUCCUAAUUAAAAUUAAGUAUAGUAUUUGCUUUGGGCGAAAUUCGCCUCCCAAAAAAAAAUGUGGAUUUUGCAUGAGGUUUUUGACUUUAAUCAAAAAUAAUUGUCCAUUAGCCUUCACUUAUACCCAUCUCAAUUCCCCUUCUAAGACUUUCUAAUCCAAAACCACAAACGUGUUGCAAUAAAAGAGUAAUUGUAGGCGUAAGUAACGAAGAGAGUUGAUAGAAAAAUUUAGGGAAACUUUUAGAGUAAAAGAAAUAGAUCUCAAAGAGUAUAGUGGAAUAGCGAGUAGAGAGCAAAUGUUCAUCAUUGGCAUCUACCAUAGAUGCUGUAUCACCUGAAAUACGCUAGAAUUUUCUUAUAUUUUAUCUGAAAGGAAAAACAACAACAAAAUUAUUAAACUAUAUUCAAAAUUGAAAUUUUUUCUGAUGACAUAUUCAAGAUCUUCAGAGAUAGUUUUUAAAUAGUUCAAAGUUGUUUAAAGUGAAUAUGUUUUCUUUUCGUUUAUGAAAUUAUUUUUUUUUAAAUCCUGAUUGUUAGAUGUUAUGUACAAUAUUGUGUAUUUAUAAAAUUUUAUACUUAAACAUUAAAUUGAAAUAUGUUCUAGAAUUUUAUUAGACAAAGAUCAAUGAUUGCUUUCUAAAUCUUCCUUCACAUUUGAGGUUAAAUCUCCUGGAAAACAAUCAAAUGAAAUUGUAAUAACAGACGAAUAAUCAAUUCUGUUUUCGAUUUUUGGCUCUUUGAUCUUUCUAUCAAGACUCUGGAACAUGAUUUUCAGGCAAUUGAAUAAAACAUUGUGUAAAAUGGAAUGUAAAAUUAUGACGUGAUGAUGUUAGAUUAAUGCGAUUUGUUUUUGCCAGCAGCCUCCCAAAAAGGAAUGUAAUUGCUUCAGUAUACGUUGAAUUAUAUAUAGCAAUAAUAUAUUACACGGAUAAUAAAGUUUAGGAGCUUUUCUAAAAAAAAAAUACUAGGGGAAUGUUGGCAUGGUUCGCACAGAGUGAGCCUUCAAACAACGUAAAUUUUCUCUUUAUUUGCAAAAAGCUAGUUCGUCAUUUCUUAGCCAUAAGAUAGAUCAUUAUUAAACUCAUGAAACGAGAUGAGAAAUGGUAAGUUAGCUCUUUGCAAACGAAGAGAAAAUUCGCAUUGUUUGAAGGUUCACUCUGUGCGAACCAUGCCUACAUUCCCCUACAUUAGUAACCAAAUAUUUACAACAUUUUGUUCUAACAGUGUUUGGUAUCACAUGUAAAGUUCUGCGACAAACUGUUUUAUUUUUUUUCUUUUUGGACGUAAUAUAGAAAACUUUGCCAUGCAAUUUUCAUUCAAAUUCAAAAUUCAAGUAUAUUUCCAUGUGGCCUGUUUCACAUGGUGAUGUUCUUCAAUUAAAACCAUUCAAAAUAAAGUUGGAAGCAAUAUGCAUAAAGAAGACAAAACUUUUUUGACCAUUUGCAUUGACAUUCACAAAAACAAUAUAAUUGAAAUAAUAUUCACAGAACUAGACAUACGAAUUCAGAGAAGGAAGGUUAAAAUUGUGUAUUGCAUCUCAUCUUAAUUACCUGAUUAAAGCUAAGAUAAUCUGCAUGGGAUGCAGCAGAAUUUCCACCUACAUUGUCAAGAAAAAAAUGUAAUUAACAGAAAAAUAAUUCUUCCUAAUUGUAUAAGAUACAGAAUAAAAUGAAAAAGCAAUAUGUAAUAAAUGUUGAAUGUAAAAAAAUAAUUAAUAAAAUUGUAUAAAGCAUUCAGUGUUAGAUAAUAAGUGUAAAUAGCUAAUAAAAAUUAAGAGUACUGAAGCAUAUUUAAUUUGAGAUAUUUAAGUUUUUGACCAAUAUUAAUCAUUUGUGUAGAGUGAUUAAAAUUAGAUAAACAAAAAAAAUACGUAUUAACUGAUGAGUAAUAAUAUUUAAAAAAAGAAAUAAAAGAAAAAACUAACUAUUCUCAAAAGCAAAAACAGAAAGAAAAGAAAAUAGUUUAAGAAUCAGAAACGAAUCCAUUUAAUCCUUCAUCCCACGAGCUUUCAAUCGAUAAUAUUCAUAUAAAAUGUAUGAAAAAGAUUCUCUAGAGACGGUUCACUGGGUGUUACAGAAUUUUAACAAGAAUAAAAAGAAAUCCAAGCGUAGUUCAUAACUAAGAGAAAACAAAGAGUUAACCAUAUAGAGAAAUAGUGAAAUAAAAGUGGCGUGUAACAAUCAAAAAAAAGUAAAAAUUGUUAUAUUGAAACAUUAAUGACAAAAACUAAUCUAGUAAAUUAAUUUUUCUUGGCUAGAGAAAAACAUGCGCAUGUUUAACUUGAAGCACUCUGUCUUGAAUAAUAAAACUGUACGAAACUCUAUUUUUAAUUGGUGUUCACGCAAAACAAAAAAUUUAUAUUCGCAACGUGUUAUAAAAUCGUUUUUCACCUAAUUUAUCCCUAUAUUUACGGAAAUGUUAUUUAAAAAGUCAUAAAGCUUCUAAUUUAUAUUAAACUUAACUUUAUUGUAAAAAAAAACCGAACGCUCAAGACUAUUCGUAAAAUAGAUAAUAAAUUAAGCUUUACUAUUGAGUUAGUAAUUGAUUGUAAAUAUUGUUUAAAAUUUGAAAGGGUCAGAACAACUAACAGUGUGAAUGAAAAUCCAUGACUAUUUUUUUUUACUUUCAAUUGAAUGAACGACUCCGAAAAGUAUAAGAAAUCGAAGAAUUACCAUAAGGAAAAAGCUCAAAGAGUGUUUGUAUUUAAUGAAUUGACUUAUAAUUAAAAAAAAAACCAAAAGAAACAACAACAAUUUUAAUACGAAUCUACUGAAACUAAUUUAUACAAUGACUCUCUGCAUAACAUGGUUUUGCUCAGUUGAUUUAUCUCUCUUAUGUAGCCUACAAUUUAUCACAAUUAUUUAAUUAACAUCGAACCAAAUAAAAUGCAUUGUGACACACUUUUAUAUGAUGAAAAAAUUUUGUAUAAUAAAUAACAUUUUGAUAAAUUAAUUGUAACAUGAAAUGGAGAUGUAGGGAAAGUUGAAACCGAAAAAACAAUGUUAAUCAUGUGAAAAGCCUAUAUUCUAAUGAGGAAAUAAAUUAUAUAACUUAUUUAUUUUAGGAUUUCAUUUUGUAAUAUUUUUCCUAUACAGAUAUUUAAAAAAGAAGAAGAAAAAAUUGUUAAACUAUGUGUAUGUAUGUAAAUAUUAUUUACUUUUUUAAACAAAUAUCCUUCAUCUAGAAGAAUAUAUAGAAGAAAGUGAAAUAAAAUGAGUUAAAAGUA